CAUCAGUAGAAAAAAGUCACUCAAAUGAAUCUCACUCUCUAGACUAGUUUCAAUUGUUGUUGUUGCACGUUUUUUGUGCUACAGACUAUACUUUAUAUGUUUACGAUGUUCAAUUUAACUUGUAUUCAAGUUUUACAUUCUGGAGCCAAAAGGCUGAAAUUUUUUCCAACAAUCAUCUAACCAUUGACUGUGUGUUCAUUUUCAUUCUUGUUUACAAGUCAAAUAUUGUUGUGUGUGUGUGUUAGGAUUAUGGUUUGAAUACUGAUGGGUUUCACUAGGAAUAACAACCAAAGGAACCAUUACCAUCAUCAUAACCAACAUCACCAUAAUUUACAUCAUCCACAGUCAUCUCAUCAAUCUAAAUUGUUAGGUACAUCUUCAAAUCAAAAUCAACAUCACCAGCAAAAAGCGUUUAUCCUUCCACACAAUGGUGUCCAAAGAGUCAACGGAAACCAACCAAAUGUCAUAACGAGCAGUUCAAAUGGAAAUGGAAAUCAAAUUGGAAAUUGUAUUGAUCAAAAUGGUUCUUGUGUCAACUCAGUUCCAAUAGCUUCUGCCUCAUCAUCCCGUGAGAAUCAAGUGAAUCAACAAGUUGCACCAAAUAAUCAUAAUACAAUUGGUCCUACAACAGGAGUUGCAACAGCAACGACAAAAGUUCAUCAUCAUCACCAUUAUAAUAAUAAUCACCAUAAUCAUAAUCAUAAUCAUAAUCAUCAACAACAAGCACCUCAGUCACAACAACAAUCAUCAGGAUCAUCAAAUUCUGCUAACCAUAAUCAAAAUAACCGUUCACAUCAGGUAAAUCCACCAUCAUCUUCAUCAUCGUCAACAACCUCAUCAACUAAUUAUUCCUAUCUUCGCCGUCUGUGUCGUGAACGAGGCAUACUUUUUGAAGAUGCAACUUUUACACCAGGAAAUCGCUCAUUAUAUGGUAAAAAGGACGUUCCCUCGUCAUCAUCAUGCAAUUUCAUGUCCAAAAUAUCUUCUUCCAUUGUUUGGAUGCGUCCAUAUGAAAUAUGUUCUCGACCAAAAUUCAUUAGUUCACCAUCACCGGAAGGAACCACUUCAACCUCUCCCACUGGACGCUUUGAUGUUGAACAGGGUGAGGCCAUAAUAGCGAUAACUGCUUGUUCUGGUAACAAUAAAAGUUCAUCUUCGUCACCAUCUUCCCUUUUAAUUCCAAGUUUAUCUUCUUCAUCAACCACUAACCAUCAUGUUCUUAGCAACGGAAGUGGUAGUGGAGGAGGAGUGGGUAAUGGAAAUAUAAAUGGUGGACACUCUGGUCUUUCUGGUGGAAUCAUUGGCAAUGCAAAUGCCUCUUCUUCCUCCUCUUCGCCAGCCAAUUAUCUUUCCUCCAAAACAACUUGUUCAUCUCUUUUAUCAGCCAUUUCCUGUCUCACUUUGACUCCAUCCUUGCUUGACCGCGUUGUCCCAUCGGACCAAUCAUUUUCACCUUCAAGUUACUCUGGAAUAUUUAGAUUUAGAUUUUGGCGAUUCGGUGAUUGGACAGAGGUAAUUAUAGAUGAUCGUUUACCAACUUACAAGGGUCGACUUCUCUUUCUUCGUUCAGCCGAUCCAACUGAGUUUUGGGUUCCUCUUUUGGAAAAGGCUUACUCCAAAAUGUACGGUUCCUAUGAUUAUUAUUUGAAAAAUUGUUUUACAGCACAAACUUUGCAAGAUUUAACAGGUGGAAUAGCUCAGUCAUUUACAAUACCUCAUCAUGAUGGUCAUAUAAUCUAUCAAAUGAUUAGUUCAGCUGUUCCAAGAUCAACUCUCCUUUCAGCUUGUAUUUCAUCGAUUCCUCCAAAUGAAGCACCAGCAUCACUUUUAUCCUUAUCUGGAGGUGCAUCAGCAUCAACACCAUUCACCGCAUUCAGUUCUUCCUAUUUAUCUUCUGGUCUUUCAGUCGCAAUGAAUAAACUACAACCAGCUCGACUUCGUAACGGUCUAAUCACAAGGCAAGCUUAUUCGAUAACUGGACUGGCAAGAGUACGAACACAAACAAGACCUGGUGUACCAAACAAUAAUCAUGUUCACUAUCAUCACCCUCAUCACCACAACCAUUCUCAUCAUCACAAUUCAACUCAUUUACAUGGCCAUCAUCAUCAUGCAUACGGAACUGGUCAUGUUAAUCAAAUAUCAACAGGAAUGAUUCCCAAUGGGGGUUUUCCGAUGACUUCAGGCUCAUCAGGUAGCCUUGAAGUUGUACUGAUUAGAUUGAAAAAUGCAUGGGGGAAAGGUGAAUGGAAUGGCCCGUGGUCAGAAAGAUCAUGGGAAUGGGAUACGCUUACAGAUCGGGAUAAGGAAGAACUAUCAGCUCGGUGUAGAGAUGAUGGAGAAUUUUGGAUGUCUUUUGAUGAUUUCCUUCGUUUUUUUACUCAUCUCGAUUUAGUCCAUAUCGGUCCUGACGAUUGGAUGGCUGAAACUGCUUUGCACCACAAGCGACCAUGGAGAGCGGUUCUUGCCCGUCGUCGAUGGAGAUACGGUUUUAAUGCAGGUGGAUCACCAGAAUAUAAAGACACAUUCUCCACCAAUCCCCAGUUUCACAUUCAUAUACCUAAAAAUGGUCUCAAUAAAUGUCAUGUAGUUGUUUCUGUAACUCAAAAUUAUUUACCAAUUGGCUUAACUGUUUCAGCGACUCACCCUUUCACUAAAUCAGAGCUACAACCACACCAUCUUCACCAUGCCCAUCACCAUCAUCCCUACCAUUAUCAGCAAAACCAACAAUUGUCAUCCUCAUUUCCAACCUCUUCACCAUUUAUAUCUCAACGUAACCAAGGUCCACCCAUCAAUCUUUAUCCUAUUGGAUUUUGUGUUUAUGAAGUUCCUCCAGGAAUGAAACGAUUAACAUCAGGUUUCAUAGCUGCCCAUCGUCCUUUAGACGUAACAGCAUUCACCUGUACAAGGGAAACCGUUACAUUUUUCACUCUUCCUCCAGGUGACUUUAUAAUUGUUCCCAGCACCGAGAAGCCACAUUGUGAGACCAAAUUCCUAUUGCGAAUAUUAACUGAUGAACCAAGUACAAUUUGGGAAGUUAAUGAUGAUAAUGUAAUAUUCACUGAUAUAUCAAUUCCCAAGGUGAUUGAAAACACUGGACAGAAUGGCCACAAUGUAUUGAAUCGUUUAAUUGCUAAAUUACCAAAUGAGAUUGAUGCCGCUCUGUUAUUGAAAGUCCUGAAGGCCUAUUGGAAACCUCUGAAUAUCCUUUAUGAUAAGCCAUCGAUGGAGUUGUGCCGUUGUUUAAUAAUGUUGAAAGAUGCCACAAUUACUGGUAAAUUGGUUGUAACCGAAUCACUAGCUUCUCUUUUAAAUAUGCUUCACUUUUGGCGGACCAUAUUCACAAAGCAUCAAUCAAAUUCACACCAUAAAGUAUCAUCUUAUAAUUUUCGUCUAGUUUUAUGGGAAGCUGGGAUAUCAGUUAGUAAUAAGGUUCUUGAAUGUUUAGUAAUACGUUAUACCAAUAAUUGCGCUCUUCUCAAUCUUGAAUCUUAUUUACUUUCUCUAGUCAAGUUGCAUCUUGCUCACGAUCGAUAUCGUAGUUUAGAGAGAAAAGGAAAAAAUCAAAACUUAACAUUAGAAGAGAUGAUUUUGUUAACCACUUACUCGUGAUAGAUCAACAUGAUGGAGAUAAUUUUCAUCUUUAAGCAUCAAAUAAUUUUGCUCACAAAACUUUGACCAAUCAAAAACAUUUUUAUCAGGUCAAGUCACAAUAAAAUACUACUUUUUAGUUGAUUUCA